AUGCUUCCGUUCUUCUUCAAUGGCCUGCUCCUUACAGGAGCAUUCAUCAUGAGGGUACAGGCGGACAUCCCAAUCCGCAUCAUCUCGCACAACAUCCGAUACGCUACAACGAGUCCGUUCACCGGAGAGAAGCCAUGGACGGACCGCAAAGCGCUAUUAAUCAAUGAGCUGAAGUACGACACGCUGUACAACGCCGAGGCAUUUGUGUGCUUGCAGGAGGUGCUGAAUGCUCAAUUGACAGAUGUUAUGGGUGGGCUGGGCUCGGACUGGGAUUACAUCGGAGUGGGUCGCGACGAUGGAAAGAAAGCUGGAGAGUACAGUCCGAUCAUCUUCCGGAAGGCAGUAUGGGAGGUCGACACAUGGAAGACUGUCUGGCUGAGCGAAACACCCGACAAGCCAGGAAGCAAGGGCUGGGACGCCGCCUCCGUCCGUAUUGUUACGGUCGGCACGUUCGUUCACCAACCCUCUAAGCAGAAGGUUGUUGGAAUGUGCACCCAUCUUGAUGACCAGGGCGCAACCUCCCGCACCGAGUCUGCAAAGCUCAUUCUCAAGGUUGCUAACGAGACCAUUCACAACUCUACUGCUUCCACGCCUCUGCCUGUGUUCCUCGGCGGCGACCUCAACUCUGAACCAUCUGGGUCGGCAUACCAGAUACUGAAUGGGAAGAAUUCGGCAUUGCAAGUGGUUAAAGAGAUGGCGCCAUGGAGGUACGGAAAUGUAAAGACAUUCACCGGUUUUCAAGAGAGUGACGCGAAGACGGAGCUUGAUCAUGUGUUUGUGAAUCGCAGAGCGGGAACAUGGGAGGCGAAGGGGUUUGCUGUACUGCCAAACAAGUUUGACGAUUUGAUAUACGCCAGUGAUCACAGGGCUGUAGUCGGAGAUGUUGUGUUGAAGGUGCAGACAUGA